UGCUAUAAAAACCGCUUGAAUCUCCACUUUUUUCAAUCAACUUUAAGAUGCAGAAAGUAGAACUUGUGAUUGGUGUGAUUAUAAUUGUGGCAGUUGGAGUGUCAACCCAUCGGGAUCGGGACUUUGAUGUCACCGAGUCCAUGGUGGAGUAUCUGCAGCUUUACCAGACCAACUAUGAGGCGAAAGUGAAAAAAUGUGAGGAUAUGCUAGCUGACUUCCGGCAAGGAUUUGCCAAGGAACUCAGUGGUAUCGAUCUGCAAAAGGAUCUUUUGAAAAGCCGCGUGCAGGAUGCCUGGUCUCAGCUGAAGCCCUUCGAGUUUAUCGACUCCUGGCACCGACAGUGUGUCCGAAAUUACAGUUCGGUGAUCCCUUCGACCUAUCAGGCCGGGGCCUCCAUGACAGAGUGUUUAAUGACUGCUAACACCUAUUUUAAUGGCAUUGAAAGUAGUGCCAAACACAUCUGUUCCUCCAUAAAGUCCCAGGCAACUCACACAUUUGGGAACCACAAACGAAGCUGCCAAAUAGGCCAUAGGAAAUCCCAAGCUGAUUAUAAUAAUUGUAUCAAAAAAUCGAUUUCCUCGUUGGAUAUGGAUAUUUCCCGACUCUGGAGCUCCUUUCACAAACAUUUGGAUGAGGCCGAUUUCAGCGCCAAGACGAGGAUUCGAAUGGCCUGGGUUUGUGCCUUCAAUACUCUUUACACAACCAGCAAUAAUCUCGGAUCCUCGAUGCGUCUUAUUAACGACUGUAUUGCCGGUCAGAGAUCCUGUGGCAUAAUGUCCUGCACUUCGCGAUGCGCCAACCAAAUGCGUUUAGAUAUCCGAGAAAGGGAUUUUAAAAGUCUUACGAUCAAAAAUCCAUUCCAUGGAGGCAAUAAGCAUAUGGGAUGUAUGGAAUUGAGGUUCAAAUAAAAUAUAAAAAAAAUAAUCUUAA